UUUUAUUAUUGUUGUGUGGCGCAAUUACAACGAAAAUUUACUUUCAACUAUUUCGCCAUAAUUGCUUUAAUUUUAUAUUAAAAGUGUGAAUUUUCUUUAAUACCAUGUAAUAAAAUUCCAUAAAAUGUCUGGAGCAGAAGGAAUAUUUUCCUUGCGUUUAGUUAUAGCAGAUUUUUAUAUGGAAAAGCCGGUACCAGGAUUGGAUGCUUGUUAUUCGGAAUUUCGUGGUAAAGAAAUAAAAAGGGUACCAGUUAUACGCAUAUUUGGUCCAAAUGCUCAGGGACAAAAAACCUGCCUGCAUGUGCAUGGUGUAUUUCCUUAUUUCUAUAUACCCUAUGAUCAAAAGGAUUUUGAGUCGCUAAAUAAGGCUAUCUAUCAAAUUGCUAUCAAUUUGGAUAAGGCCAUAAAUAUAUCGCUCAGCCAAGGUAGUUCCUCUGCUCAGCAUGUUUUUAAAAUACAACUGGUUAAGGGCAUACCAUUUUAUGGUUACCAUCGUUCUGAUCAUCAAUUUCUUAAAAUUUACAUGUUCAAUCCUCGCUUUAUACGAAGAGCGGCAAAUCUUCUACAAAAUGGUGCUAUUUUAAAUAAAAACUUUCAUCCUCAUGAGUCUCAUGUUCCAUAUAUUUUACAAUUUAUGAUUGAUUAUAAUUUAUAUGGCAUGAGUUUUUUACAUAUUCCUUUGGAAAUUGUGAAAUUUCGUCGCAGUGAUAAUGCUGAGUUGAUUCCAUUUCGGAAUCUUCAGGAAACACAAAUGCUAGAUGUAAAUAUUGUUAAAAAAAUAUCCUGCAGUACGUUGGAAAUUGAUAUUGGUUCUAAUUUUAUUUUGAAUCGUUUCCAAUUGAUUACUAAAACGAAUACAACACAUACAAAUCCGGGUAUUGAAUCUAUCUGGAAUGAUGAACGUUUAAGAAGACAAAAACUAGCGAAAAGUGUAGAGGAUGAUGAAGAGAAAUUGAAUGCGAUACCUCGACUUGAAAUACCAGCCACACAAGAACGACCCGAUGUCCAACCAACCGAAAGUGAAAUUUUCUAUCGUACAGCAUUAUUAAGUAAACUAUUAGCUAUGGAAACCUCCAUACUAGAGUCAACGCAAAUUUCAAAUCAAACUCUUAAUUCAAGUCUUAUUUCAAAUAUAACUCUUAAUCCCAGCAAUACAAGUUUAAAUAGCAAACAGCAGAAGAGAACAUUUAAUUACAAGAUAUUACAAAACUCCGUCUAUCCUGAAGAAUGUACACAAAAUGAUAAUUUAAUUAAUGCCUCAGUGAUACCAAAUCAUUUAAGCAAUAGCAGUAUAUUUGAGCAGAGUCUUAUGGUAAAAUCAAAUGAGACAAAAGAGCAGGAAAUAAUAAAAAUACCCGAAGAUGAAAGUGUUUUUCUGGAAGAUACUAUAGUCGAUGAAGAAUUGGUCUUAAGUUUAACACAACAACAAAAUCAAGCAGCUGAGGAGGAGCAUGUACCCAUGAAUGUUACUUUACGUGAGGAAGACAUGGAAUUAUUAGAUAUCUUACAACAAUUGGAAGAGAAUAAUGAAGAUAAAAUUGAUUUAGAUAGUAGUUUAGCGCCUAUGUCUCAAAUGCAUAAAAAUUUUGCUUUAUCACCUCAAGAAUUGGAUAAAGAAACCACAAAUGCUGCUUUGCAUAAACCCUCUGCCUACACUGAUUCUGAAGAUGAUCAAGAAAAUGAUGAUAAUAUACAUGAUUUUUCUAUAGCUUUAGAAAAUCUAGAUGAUUUAAUACUAAAACUAACACAAUCACAAAAACAACCACAUGCGCCUAAUGAAAAAUCUUCAUUGGAUGUUCCACAAGUAGAUGGAGCUGAUGAUUUGCUAAGAACUCCUACAAAGGCAGCAAAAACCGUGGCAGCUAACAAUAGGGGUACGCCGCCACAUACCCCCACUACUCCUAAAAAUAGACGUUUAACUAUGGGUUCUCCCUGUCGUUCUCCCAGAACACCUAAAACUGGACAUAAAUAUGCUGCUUUACCUUUAGUUUCUAUUGAUCGUUCUACGGGUAAAACCAAAGCUGUUAAUGACACUACACCUUUGAAACAGUCCUCGGGAGAACGAAACAGUUUGCCAAUGUUAUCUUUACGCAAAAAAUUAGCUUUGUCUGAUAUGCGCCGCAAAAGCAUAUCGGUCGAUACAGAUGUGGAGGAUCAGGUUACUGCUGUAGCCGAAAGUACCAGUUCCAAUCGAAGACGUUCCAAAAGAUUAGUUAAUUUAGAUAAAACUCAUGUCACAUGUGCCUUAACACCCCGACGAACAAAUGCAAAAUUACUUAAAGUUUAUAGUUUGGAUAAUAAGGAUAAUGAAAUUGGGGACGACGCACAAGAUACCCCCGAGGAAAGUGAAAAUAUCCAAGAUGAUAUAAAGAAAAAGGAAAUUUUAAAAAAGAAGAAAGAAUCACAUAUUCCAGUCGCUGUAAUAAGCAAUACAAAAGCCAAACAACCAAUUAGUUUAGAAGGGGAAAACCCGACAAAAACUGUAAACAAAAGAUGUUUGAAAGUAACUAGGAAAUUCACCAAAAAGCCGGACUUGGCGGUGGAUGUACCAAAUAACUUAGAAGAUGAAUUAAAAGAAACUGUUGCAAAUAACUUGGAAAUAGUGAAAGAAAUUGACUCUAAUAAGGAAACAGAUGAAGAAAUUGUUGACUCUGGUAAUGAGGGUGAAGUAGCCAUGAAAAAUUUACGUAAAACACCAAAUUUAAAGAGAUUAAGGCGUAGUUUUAUAGCAGCCAAUUCGGCAAAACGUAGAAAAAUAACUAGAUCUAGUACUAGCUCAUUAGUUAAUUCAUCAAAAUUUGAUUGUGCAACAGAUGAACGCAAACCUAAUGAAAUUGAGGAGGAAAAUCAUUUAAAAUUGAAAAAAUGUAAAGUGAGACUCAAGAAACUAACAGAAUCAGAAGAGCAGGAAAGUAAAAAUAGAACAGUUAAUACGAAAUCCGGAGAAAGCUAUGUCGAAACUUUAGGAAAUGUAAACGAUGGCUUAAAGUGUGAUAUGGAAUUAAAGAAAAUUCCAACCAAGUGUUCUGAUCUAACAAAUGAUCAGCAAAUUUCUACUAAAUUAGAAGAUUUAAGCAGUGCUCUAAAGUUGCAUUUCCAAUCAUCUGCAACUUCAAAAGCUGUACCGGAAACCAACCAUCCAAAACCGUCAUCAAUUGAAAUUAAGUAUAAAUCUCAAAAGGAAGAUAAAGAUGACACAACCAAUCGCAAUAUAGAAACUCGGAACAGCACGAUUUCACAAAAUCUAGAAGCCACUACUGAAAAUCUUACAAAAACUCCAUCGUUAGACAUUUUCCCUGAAUCCCAAAUCAAAGAAAGUUCAGAUGAAGAAAUCUUCGAAACUCCUUUAUUUGAUAUUCUUUCUAAGUCUCCAAAUAAACAAUAUCCCAAAUUUAAAAGGUUGGGUAGUAAAUCAAUAAGUCUACAAAGUCCAGUAAUAUUUACCCAGAAUUCUAGUCCAGUAUUACAAGCCCAAUCAAAAACAACCUCUAGAUCCAAUUCCUUACAAUUGGAAAGCUAUAUAACUAUAUCGUCUUCUUCGAGUAAUCAUUCCCUAAUAACAUCAGAAACGAAUAUAGUUUUAACUCCCCUAGAUUUACCUCCCAGCCGGGAAGAAGUGCUGAAAGGUUGUCGUAAGUUUCAACUACCAGAAUAUGAUUUCCAACAACCGUUCUACAGUAAUCCCGAUGAUAUCACCAAGCAUAAGGAACUUGGUUUCACCGUACUCCAAAUACCGGGUAAUAAACUAAAUGAUGUAGAAGAAUUCCAAAGUAUAUUGGGUACAGACGUCAAAGGUUUAACCUCCUGGAGACGUCAACAACUAAUAAAACUAGGGGGAGUAGAAAUGUUAAAUAAAUAUCGUAAUCCACAACGUAUACGUGAAUAUUUUGCCAAUCAAAAAUCGGUUAUUAUAACUCCCCAAAUAAAUGCUCCCACUAGACAAGAAGUUAAACUAUGGCUGAAAGCUAGGGAGUUGUUAAAAACUAAAGGAGAAGAAGUGGAAGACAUGAAAGUGAAAAACCUGGAAGAAGACAGUCCAAUUAAAGUACGACGACAAAUAACUAUGAUGUUGAAUGCUGGCGAUGCAGGCGAAGCAGACAGUGAUGAUGGUGAUAAUAGUUUGGACUGUUCUUCCAGAAGUCUAACGCUAACGCCUCUAACACCAGGAACACCAACCGGAAAUGAACAUUACAGCAAAGCAGAUGUUAAGAAAAGUUUUACACCUGUUACUAGGAAUUUGGAAAAAGUACCCUUAAAACUGGAUAGUUCCCUAAGAAAACGUAAAAAUUAUAGAAUUUUUCGGCGUGUUGCUCUAAAUAAACAACUUAAGGAGGCUUUCGAAAAGGAAGCAUCUAAAGAAAGCUCACAGGAGUUAGAAGCUAUAAAGGAUAGUCAAGGCAGUGUUAUAGCCAAUUCUCAAAAUAGUGAAACUAGUGUUAGUAGUGAAACUGCUCUGGCGGAAUUGGAACGUUCCUCUUUUAUGCAGCAGUUAAAGGAAGCCGAUGUUACCAUUGGUGGCUUUUCAGAGAAUUCCACUUUGAAUAAUACUUUUGGUUUUAAAGUGGCUUUGGAGAACCUGCAACAGGCCAAGGCAGAUGUAGAGUUCAAUUAUCUUACCAUUGUCACCUUGGAAGUGUUUGUGGCCACACGUGAUGAUUUAUUUCCCAAUCCUGAAAUGGACGAAAUACGUUGCCUAUUUUAUGCCAUAGAAAAUAGUAUACCCAACGAUCAUAUUGAUGUCGAUAAAAAAUUACCCCGCAAAGCUUGUGGCUAUAUAAUGGUACAUGAUUCUCGUGAUAUUGUUGCUAAGGAGGGUCGUAUUCAUGGCAUUGAUAAUGAUAUUGAAGUGACCAUUGUUCAAACUGAAGUUGAGGCUUUGGAAGCUCUAUUGGGUUUAUGUUCACGUUGGGAUCCUGACAUUUAUGCUGGCUAUGAAAUAGAAAUGUCUUCUUGGGGUUUUGUUAUUGAACGUGCCAAGUAUUUGUGUUUGAAUAUUGCACCUUUAUUGUCAAGAGUUCCAACACAGAAAGUUAGAGAAUUUGUGGAUGAAGAUCGAGAGUCGUUUACGGAUUUGGAUGUAGAGAUGAAACUUUGUGGUCGCAUUUUACUAGAUGUCUGGCGUCUGUUACGUUCGGAAAUUGCCUUGACCUCCUACACCUUCGAAAAUGUUAUGUAUCAUAUCAUGCACAAACGUUGUCCCUGGCAUAGUUAUCGCAAUUUAACCGAAUGGUUUUCUUCACCCUGUUCACGUUGGAUUGUCAUAGAAUAUUAUUUGGAAAGAGUACGAGGUACAUUGGCCCUAUUAGAUCAGCUUGAUUUAAUAGGACGUACAAGUGAAAUGGCUAAACUGAUAGGUAUACAAUUCUAUGAAGUUCUGUCGAGAGGAUCACAAUUUCGGGUGGAAAGUAUGAUGUUAAGAAUUGCUAAACCUAAAAAUUUGGUACCAUUAUCGCCUAGCGUCCAGCAGCGUGCCCAUAUGAGAGCUCCCGAAUAUUUGGCUUUAAUUAUGGAACCUCAAUCUCGCUUUUAUGCUGAUCCUUUAAUAGUUUUAGAUUUUCAAAGUUUAUAUCCUAGCAUGAUAAUAGCCUACAACUAUUGUUUCUCCACCUGUCUAGGAAGGGUAGAACAUUUGGGACAAUCGACACCAUUUGAGUUUGGUGCCUCACAAUUGCGUGUUUCUCCGGCUAUGUUGCGUAAAUUAGUGGAUCGUGAUCUCAUCACCAUUUCACCUUGUGGCGUGGUGUUUGUCAAAUCAGCGGUGCGUGAAGGUAUAUUACCGCGUAUGCUAACAGAAAUCCUCGAUACCCGUCAAAUGGUUAAACAAUCCAUGAAACUACAUAAAUCUAAUUCAGCCUUACAACGUAUUUUACACUCACGUCAAUUGGGUCUGAAACUAAUGGCUAAUGUUACUUAUGGUUAUACAGCUGCCAAUUUUAGUGGUCGUAUGCCAGCUGUAGAAGUAGGUGAUAGUGUAGUUUCGAAGGGCCGUGAAACUCUAGAGCGUGCCAUUAAAAUGGUGGAAGUCAAUGAUAAAUGGAAUGUUAGAGUUUACGGUGACACCGAUUCCAUGUUUGUUUUAGUGCCGGGACGUAAUCGUGAUGAAGCAUUUCGCAUUGGCGAGGAAAUUGCUGAGGCUGUAACAAAACAAAAUCCUCAUCCGGUUAAAUUGAAACUGGAAAAAGUCUACCAGCCCUGCAUAUUACAGACCAAAAAACGUUAUGUCGGUUAUAUGUAUGAGACCCCCGAUCAAAAGGAACCCGUUUAUGAAGCUAAAGGUAUUGAAACUGUUAGAAGAGAUGGCUGUCCAAUGGUAGCUAAG